AUGUCGGUCCCCCAGCAACGACAGAAUUGGUACCAUUUGCAAUGGUUCGCGGACCAAGACACCAAACAGGAGAGAAAGCUCAUCCUCAAACUUGACUUGCUGAUUGUGCCGUAUGCUUUCUUGGCCUACUGGACCAAAUACAUCGACCAGGCAAAUAUCAACAAUGCCUACGUCUCUGGUCUCAAGGAAGAUCUGGGCCUUCAUGGCAAUGAGCUUGUCCAACUGCAGACGAUUUACACCAUUGGCGCUGUGGUGGGCCAGUUACCCUUCGCUUAUCUCUUCACCAAACUCCCAAUGCACUGGAUCAUCCCAUUCAUGGAUAUUGCAUGGGGCAUCUUCACCCUGAUUCAGUACCGAGCAAACUCAUAUGCUGAAUUAGCAGCCUAUCGGUUCCUCGUUGGAUGGUUUGAGGCGGCAUACUAUCCAGGAUUGCAUCACAUUUUCGGCAUGACUUUAUUCAAGCGCUUGAGAUGCAUAAUCUUAACAAGUCGGGAUCCUGGUAUCGAAGCGACGAGAUCUCCCGCCGAGGCGGACUGUUCUAUGUCGGUCUCACAUUAG